GUGUCACUAUUUUGAAUCAGAGAGAUAUACUACAAACACCAAACACUUUGAUAGGGCCCCCUCCCCACCCCUUCCACUUUCCACCAAAAUUUAACACUCUAAUUCCUAGGCCCCUACCCCAACCCCCACUGCAAUAUCUCCUUCACCGCCUACCCUUCUUCUCCAUCAUUCUCCAUUUUUCUUCAAUUCUACUCUAUACACCUACUUGGCCUCAAAAAACAACACUUUUUUUUUCUGUCUAUAGUUUCUUGAUUAUCUUCAAUGGCUAAGUUAAUUGCAGAAGUUCUUGAUGCAAGUGAUCUGAUGCCUAAAGAUGGACAAGGUUCAGCAAGUCCUUUUGUUGAAGUAGAUUUUGAUGAGCAACGUCAAAGAACUCAAACUAAAAACAAAGAUCUCAACCCUCAAUGGAAUGAAAAACUUGUUUUCAACAUCAAGAAUCCAAGAGACCUUGAAAAUCAGACAAUUUCUGUUUAUGUUUAUAAUGACCAAAAACAGGGACACCACAAGAAUUUUCUUGGUCGUGUUAAGAUUUCUGGUGCUUUUAUCCCGUUUUCUGAUUCUGAAGCUUUAGUUCAGAGAUACCCACUUGAUAAAAGAGGAAUCUUUUCACAUAUCAAAGGGGAUAUUGCUUUAAGAAUCUAUGCUGUUCUUGGUGGUGGUGUUGCUGAUGUUCUUGGUGGUGGUGGUAAUGUCAUUCCGCCGUCGGUGACGGUGGAAACUGAGCAGCAGAAUGUGAAUAAUGGUGAAGAUAGAGCAACCCCUUUUACUCUAUUUCAAGAAAUUAACACCAACAACUUUGAAGAACAGUACAUGAAGGACGCUGAAAUCAAGAAGAAGGAUAAGAAGAAGAAGAAAGAACCAGAGGUAAGAACUUUUCAUUCUAUUCCUGCACCGGCGCCGGUGCCGGUGCCGGUGCCGGCGUCUGGUCUAUCACCACCUCCGGUGGUGAUAGAGAAAAGGGCUGAUUUUGCAAAGGCUGGUGGACCAAUGGCUAGCAAUGUAAUGCAGAUGCAAAUGGGUGGUGGUCCAAGGCCUGAAUUUGGUUUAGUGGAAACAAGGCCACCUUUGGCUGCAAGAAUGGGGUAUUGGGGUAGAGAUAAAACUGCUAGUACUUAUGAUUUGGUGGAACCAAUGCAUUUCUUGUAUAUUAAUGUUGUUAAAGCUAGGGAUCUUCCAGUUAUGGAUAUAUCAGGGAGUCUUGAUCCUUAUGUUGAGGUGAAACUUGGUAAUUACAAAGGUGUUACAAGGCAUUAUGAAAAGAAUCAAUACCCUGUAUGGAACAGUGUUUUUGCCUUCUCUAAAGAAAGACUGCAAUCUAAUUUGAUUGAAGUUACUGUAAAAGAUAAGGAUUUUGGGAAAGAUGAUAUUGUUGGCAAAGUUAUGUUUGAUAUUGCUGAAGUCCCUCUUCGUGUUCCACCAGAUAGUCCUUUAGCUCCACAAUGGUACAGGUUGAUCAAUAAGAAAGGAGAGAAGAUUCCACAAGGUGAAAUCAUGCUUGCUGUUUGGAUGGGAACUCAAGCUGAUGAGGCUUUUCCUGAGGCUUGGCAUUCUGAUGCUCAUAUGGCUAGUCAACAAAAUUUGGUUAAUACGCGAUCCAAAGUAUAUUUCUCACCUAAAUUGUAUUACCUAAGAGUUCAUGUUAUUGAAGCUCAGGAUCUUCUGCCAUCAGAUAGAAGCCGGAUGCCCGAGGCUUAUGCCAAGUUACAGCUUGGGCACCAAGUAAGGACUACCAAGCCCUCACCUAUGAGACACAUUAAUCCGGUGUGGAAUGAGGAGCUAAUGUUUGUUGCAUCUGAGCCUUUUGAGGAGUAUUUGAUAAUAGAUGUCGUGGAUAGAGUUGGACCGGGAAAAGAUGAAUUGAUUGGCAGGGCUAUGAUAUCAUUUAAAAAUAUUCCAACCAGAGUUGAUAUCUCUAAGCUACCAGAUGCUAUAUGGUUCAAUCUUCUCAAGCCUUCUCAUGCGGCAGAUGAUGACGAGAAGAAGAAAGAAGUGAAGUUCUCUAGCAAGAUUCACCUUAGAAUUUGGAUAGAUGCUGGUUACCAUGUUCUUGAUGAGUCUACACAUUCUAGCAGUGAUCUUCAACCAUCAUCAAAGUUCUUGAGAAAGCCGAGUAUUGGACUUCUUGAAUUAGGUAUUCUCAGUGCCAAGAAUCUGAUGCCAAUGAAGAGUAAAGAGGGUCGAAUUACAGAUUCAUAUUGUGUUGCUAAGUAUGGGAAUAAAUGGGUUCGAACAAGAACACUCAUUGACACUCUGGCUCCUCGAUGGAACGAACAGUUCUCUUGGGAAGUGUUUGAUCCGUGUACCGUUGUCACCAUUGGGGUCUUUGACAAUUGUCACAUCAAUGGCAAAGAUGAAGCUAGAGAUCAGAGAAUUGGUAAGGUGAGAGUUAGAUUAUCGACUUUGGAAACUGAUCGGAUCUAUACACAUUUUUAUCCAUUGCUGGUUCUUACACCUUCUGGUUUAAGGAAACAUGGAGAGCUUCAUUUGGCCAUAAGGUUCACUUGUACUGCUUGGGUGAACAUGGUAGCACAAUAUGGGAAGCCAUUGCUCCCGAAAAUGCAUUAUGUGCAACCCAUUUCCGUUAGGCAUAUUGAUUGGUUGCGCCACCAGGCAAUGCAGAUAGUAGCUGCAAGGCUGGCCAGGGCUGAGCCACCUCUUAGAAGGGAGGUUGUUGAGUAUAUGCUGGAUGUGGAUUACCAUAUGUUCAGCCUCAGAAGAAGCAAAGCUAAUUUCUUUCGCAUAAUGGGGCUGCUUUCUGGGAUUUCGGCAGUUCAUGGAUGGUUUAAUGGGAUUUGCAAUUGGAGAAACCCUUUGACGACUAUCCUUGUCCAUGUGCUCUUCUUGAUAUUGAUUUGCUAUCCAGAACUCAUUUUGCCAACAAUUUUCCUGUACCUGUUUGUAAUUGGCUUGUGGAACUACAGGUUUAGGCCUAGAGCUCCACCCCACAUGGAUGCUCGCCUUUCGCAAGCUGAAAAUGCUCACCCAGAUGAACUGGAUGAAGAAUUUGAUACAUUCCCUACUUCCCGGCAAACAGACGUUAUAAGAAUGAGGUAUGAUCGACUGAGGAGUGUGGCCGGGAGGGUGCAAACUGUAGUUGGAGAUUUGGCAACACAAGGUGAAAGGGCUCUUUCCAUACUAAGCUGGCGGGAUCCAAGGGCUACUGCUAUAUUUAUAAUCCUUGCAUUGAUCUGGGCUGUGUUUCUAUAUGUUACUCCAUUCCAAGUAGUUGCAGUGCUCAUAGGACUUUACUGGUUGCGCCAUCCACGAUUCAGGAGCAAGCUACCAUCAGUACCUGUCAACUUCUUCAAGAGAUUACCAUCCAAGUCUGAUAUGCUUUUGUAAGAUGCUGGUAAAUUUUCACCUUAUCUAUGUAUUCAAGUUGUAAAAUAGAGAGAUGGGUUCAGUGAAUAAGUGGGGAUAAAAGGCUGCUACACAAGACCAAAAUGGAAGAGCAGUUUUCCUUGUUUCCCCACACCCCACAAUCCAUACUUACAUAAUGCACGUUCCACAUUCUUCAAGCUCCUGUAUUAGAUAACAAGUCUUUGUUUAUUUUCUUGGUUGAUAUUGUAAUCAAUCUAUGAGGUUGUAGAAUAUGGUUGUUUGUAUCUGUUUAGAUGUAAAAAGGAAUUGCAGAUUCAAAGCUGAUUA